AUGAGACUAACCAAAACAAGCAGAGAUUACUUUAUAUCGAUUAUGUGGAUCAUCUUCUCUUCUCUCCUUGUGUUCUUCACCAUCAUCACAAGCUUCUUGGCGACUCUAACAACAUCCACUUCACCAGCACUCCAUCCAGAUGAAUUGAAUGCGCUUGGGAAGAUAGCUACUACACUUGGUCUAAAGAGACUGAACCUAAGUUAUGAAGACCCAUGCCGUUUAGGAACUCUAAAAAUUGGUCUUGUUUCCAAGUCGGAUAUGGUCAACACCAUUUCUUGUGAUUGUAGCUUCAACAACAACACCACAUGUCAUAUUACAGAAUUAUUUCUCAAGUCCUCAAGUCUUUCAGGGAAACUUCCGCCUGAGUUAGCCAAGCUUAAAAACCUGUGCCGAAACUACCUUUCGGGCUCAAUCCCAAUGGAGUGGGCUUCUUUGCCAAACCUCACUUACAUCUCGCUCUGCGCGAAUCGUUUGUCUGGGAAUUUACCAACUGGUUUGCAAAACUUCAAGAAUCUGACAUUCCUAGGGGUUGAAGCAAACCAGUUCGCUGGUCCGAUUCCUGAUGAGCUUGGUAACUUGACCACCUUAACAGGAUUGGAACUUGCGUCCAAUCAAUUUACAGGAAGCCUUCCUAGCACUCUCGCUAAACUUGUAAACCUUGAGAAAUUUAGGAUAUGUGAUAAUAACUUCACUGGCAACAUCCCAGAAUAUAUUGGCAACUGGUUUCGGCUUCAAAGGCUAGAUCUAUACGCAAGUGGACUGAAAGGACCUAUUCCUGACGCAGUGGCCCGCCUAGAAAAUCUCACUGAACUGAGUAUCAGUGAUACGACUGGGAUACACUCAUUUCCUAAUAUAUCUAGCAAAGCCAUAAAAAACCUUGAUUUAUCUUUUAACAAGUUGACUGGUGAAGUUUUUGGAAUAAAAUUAGCACCAAAAUAUACCUAUUUGGCUGGCAAUAUGCUUUCCGGAAACAUCAAAUCUGGUGUUUUCCUCAACAGCAAAUCAAAUAUUGAUCUCUCUUAUAACAAUUUCUCAUGGUCGUCUAGCUGCCAGGAAAGGAGUAACAUUAACACAUACCGGAGCUCAUAUAUGAAGAACAAUUUAACUGAGCUUUUUCCAUGUGCUGUUCCAAUCAAAUGCAGGAAAUAUCAGCGAUCCCUACAUAUUAAUUGUGGUGGAGAAAGUGUAACUACUACAAACUCCUCGGGUAAAAUCACUUACCAAGCUGAUAACAGUGAGAUCAAAGCCGCUACAAAUCUGCACUCCAAAAACUGGGAAUCAGUAGCACUGUUUUCAGACGAAGAACUAUUUAAUCGUCAAGGUAGGCGCAUAUUUGAUGUCUUUGUUCAGGGAAAAUUGUUCUUGAAGGAUUUUAACAUCAAAGAGGAGGCUAAUGGGACUCUGAAGCCAGUUGUGAAAGAAGCAAAAGCUGUUAAUGUGACGGAUCAUACUUUAGAGAUUCGGUUAUAUUGGGCGGGGAAAGGGACAACACUCAUUCCUAAAAGAGGAAAUUAUGGUCCUCUUAUCUCUGCCAUCUCCUUGUGUCACAGUCUGGAGCAACAUUUGGAGAAACAACACACUAAUUAUCCGCUAAUUUUCGGUGUAACGGGUCCUUUGGUAGCACUUAUUCUCUUAGCUUUGGGAUUAUAUGCUCAUACAAGAUGCAGAAGCGACAAGAACACCAGAGAAAGAGAUCUGGGAGCUCAGGGUCUGCAAACGGUUUGCUUUACUUGGAGGCAACUGCAGGCUGCAACAAACAAUUUUGAUGAAGCCAACAAACUUGGAGAAGGAGGUUUCGGAUCCGUAUUCAAAGGAGAGCUUUCAGAUGGAAGUCUCAUAGCAGUGAAGCAGCUUUCUUCAAAGUCAUGCCAAGGAAACAGAGAGUUUGUGAAUGAGAUAGGAAUGAUCUCAGGUCUUAAUCAUCCAAAUCUUGUCAAGCUUUAUGGUUGCUGUGUCGACAAGAAUCAACUGAUGCUCGUCUAUGAGUACUUGGAAAAAACAACUCCGUUGUGGAUCGCCUUCUCUUCUCUUCUUGUGUUCUUCACAAUCAUCACAAGCUUCUUUGCGACUCUAACAACAUCCACUUCACCAGCUCUCCAUCCAGCUGAAUGGAAUGCGCUUGAGGAGAUAGCUACUACACUUGGUAUAAAGAGAGUGAACCUAAGUUAUGAAGACCUGGUGUAA